AAUUUCGAUUCUUUACUUUAAUCUCUGUCAGAACGUAGGCGGUUCCGCUCCGUUCACGGUGGGCCUUCGUUCGGCGGUUAAAAGUCUUUUCUUUAUUCUCUUUAACAAUGCUCAAGUGCUUUCAAUAGUUUUUCAAAUAAACAUUCAUUCACUGAAGUACUCAUUCAAGAUAGAAAGCAAAUUUGAGCCAUCAAUUCCAAGAUGUCGCUUCGCAUCUGCCGAUCUGUGUGUGUUGCGUUUGGAUUCAUUCUAGCAGGGGUUGGUCUUUUAUUGGGAUUCUAUGUAUUCCCGUUACUUGUUAAUCAACAGGUCGAUGAUACUAUGAAAUUAGUAAACGGAACUGAAGCAUACGAAAGGUGGGAAACACUCCCAAUUCCAUUACAGUUUAAAGUUUAUUUUUUCAAUGUGUCUAAUCCUGACGAAGUUCAAAAUGGAGCUAAACCCAUAGUAAAAGAAGUUGGCCCAUACGUUUAUGAUGAAUAUAGGCACAAAUAUGAUAUAACCGAAGAUGAAGAUGGUACUUACUCAUAUAAUCAAACUCAAUUAUUUUCAUUUAAUGAGAAUGCAUCCAAACCGAACAAGGAAGAUGAUAACAUUAUAGUUGCUCAUUUGCCGUUGAUGGCUAUAAGCCUUAUAGCGGAAAAGCGAUUGAUGUCCGAGUUGCUAGGUACCGUUGUUCCUCACUUAUUUGACAAUCCGAAGAAUGUAUUUCUGACAACAACAGUCAAAAAGUUCUUAUUCGAUGGUGUUAAUAUUAAUUGCUCUAAUGGUGGCGGAACCGUCAGACUCAUCUGCAACCAAAUAAGAAGAAAUGCUCCAGCCCAAUUAAAAGUACCCGACAAAGGCGUAGAUGGUCCAUUUGUGUUUUCUUUAUUGAGCUACAAAAAUAAUACUCACGAUGGCAGGUACAAAGUCAGUAGCGGCGUCAAAGAUAUUAGUACUUUAGGAGAAAUUUAUGCUUGGAAGAAUUCGUCGACAGUUGACGCGUGGAAACCUAACGGCACAUGCAAUAACAUUUAUGGCACUGAUACAACAAUUUUCCCACCUCAUCGAACUCAGCUUUCAAGAGUUAACGUCUUUCAAUCGGAUAUAUGCAGAACAGUGAAUUUACACUAUAAUGACGAAACUGAAUAUAAAAAUAUCAAAGGUCUGAGGUUCGUAGUAGAGAAAGACAUGCUAAUGUCUGGGGCAAAUUAUUCGGCAAAUAAAUGUUAUUGUUUAAAAGAAACAAAAGGAAUAAAUGGUGAAGACGGUUGUCUACUUGAUGGUGCUUUAGAAUUAUAUCGAUGUCAAAAUGUACCGUUGGUCCUCACAUUUCCACACUUUUAUUUGGCACACGAAAAAUAUCGGGAAAGCGUUGAAGGUCUCAAUCCUGACAAAUCUAAGCAUGAAAUCUUUGUUGAAUUGGAGCCCAAAAGUGGUACCGUUUUAAGAGGAAGCAAAAGAGUGCAAUUUAACAUUUUCUACCGUCCAAUCCAUGGCAUCAAUUUGACAAACAAAUUAGCUCAUUCUUUAAUGCCAGUAUUUUGGAUCGAUGAGGGAGUCGAAUUAGAUGAUCCAAACAUUAAUUUGCUUUACGAUAGUCUUGUCUAUCCGAUGAAGAUUUUAGACGGUGUUUAUUGGACAUUAAUUGGUCUUGGCUUGGCUAUUGGUCUUAUUAGCAUGGUUUGGUGCAUGUUGUUUGCGCACAAGCCAAAACAUUUAUUCUAGAACUUAAAAAUCUCCUUUUUCAAUAAAAUUGUAACUAAUUAAAUUUUAGAAGACAAUUUACCAAUCUAUUUUUUUACAAAUAACAUUGUACAUAGUAAUAUUCCAAUAAAAGCUUGAAACAAUAUAUCGAUUGUGAACCAUGACAGGUUGAUGCUAGAAAAACAAUGAAAUAAAUAUUUCUAAAGUACUCAAAUAAAUCUGUAAUAAAAAUUUGUCAAAAUCU